AUGUUCUUGAAGGAUUUGGAAACACCUAUUGUUAAGAUAUGUGGUCUUCAAACCGCAGAGGCAGCUCAAAUUGCGAUUGAUGAAGGCGCAUCACUAUUAGGAGUGAUUUGCGUACCGAAUCGUAAGAGAACUGUUCGACCCGAUAUCGCCAAAGAUAUUUCUACCAGGGUAAGAGCAGCACGGGCAAGAAGAAGUGGAAGUAAAGUUUCAGGUCCUUAUUUAGUGGGGGUUUUUCGCAACCAAAGUGUCGAAGAAAUCGAGCAAAUAAGACAAGAAUAUGGACUGGAUGUUGUCCAACUACAUGGCAGCGAGAACUGGACUGAGUAUCAACAUGGUUUGCAGAACAUACCUAUCAUAAAAAGGUUCAUAUUUCCAAACGAUUGUGAAGAUGUUAUAUGUGUUUGCGAAGAUCAACACUCUAGAUGUUUGGCUUUGUUCGACUCAGAAGCCGGGGGCACUGGUGAAGUUUUAGAUUGGAACUCUAUUUCUCAAUGGAGUAAGAAAUCAGGGGCUCAGUUCAUUCUCGCAGGCGGUUUAAAUCCAGUAAACGUUGGCAGUGCUUUGCAACUGCACGGUGUUUUAGGCGUAGAUGUUAGUGGUGGUGUAGAAAGCAGCGGCGAGAAAGAUGGAGAUAAGAUAAAGCAAUUCAUUGCGAACGCGGUAAGUAAUACGUCAGCAAAAGCCAUAUAA